AUGAACCCCACUGUGGGCAUCGCUGUCAUCCUGACAGUCCUCCAGGCUGCCCACUGCCAGAUGAUCAAGGACCUGAGUGCCUGCUUGCUGGGCCAGAGCCUGCGGGUGGACUGCCGGUACGACAACAAAACCAGCAACCCCCUGACCUACGAGUUCAGCAUCACCAAGGACAACAGGAAGCACGUCAUCUACAGCACCAUCAGCGUCUCCGAGAACGCCUACCGGCACCGAGCCAACAGCACCAUGCACAAGAACCUGGUGUGCCUCUACCUGCAGGGCUUCACCACCAGCGACGAGGGUGUCUACACCUGUGAGCUGAAGGCCACCAACGACUACACCGGCAACCAGAUAAAGAACAUCACCGUCAUCAAAGACAAACUGGAGAAAUGCGCCGGCUUCAGCCUCUUGAUCCAGAACACCUCGUGGCUCCUGCUGCUCCUCCUCUCCCUACCACUUCUCCCAUCCCUUUCAUUUUUGGGGGUUUGCCUGUUCUCGAGUGGGGAAGACAGCUGGGUGGGCAGGGGGCUGAGAGCCCCUCACAGCAGCUGCUCCCCUCUCCUUGCCCUUCCUCUCCAGGCACCAAGCUGCCUCCUGCUCCUGUGCCCCUUCCCUGCCUGUCCCUGCCUGCUUGCUUGCUGUCUAGUGCUGCUGAGCCCGCAUCUAAGCUGA